AUGCUGUCUAACGACUCUGCUGAUUACCGCAACAAGUUCUGGUCAUCGACCAGCCGACAAGUAGGCACUUCGUUCCAGCCGCUAGGCAAAGAAGAAUCGUAUGCCAAUCGGUACCCCCUAGUCAGAUCAGAAACCUUCCCACCAACCAAAGAUGAAACACCAUACUCCUCAAUCGAUAGCAGCGCCAACAAGUACAUGAAAAAUACCAUGAUCAACGCCCCUAGCUAUAUCCCGUACUACCGCAAAGACGACUCCUUCGAAAUGUUGCAGGAAGACUAUAACAAACUCAAGGGCGAGUUGAUCUUGAAAAACCAAAUCAUCAAAAACUUGACGGACCAGAUAAGUAUCAUGACCAAGACCGACCAGCCACCAACGUUUAUGGCACCGAAAAACCACUACCAACUAUUCCAGGAUUUGCUGAAAACAUUGCAGGAAAAGUCAACGGAGUUACAGGAAACCAACCAACGACUCGAGGCAGUGUUAGUUGCAAAUAGCGAAAACUAUGACGUCGAAGAGUUGAGCCACAAACUAGUCCAUCGUUUAACACAAUUGCAACAGGAAAACGAAAACUUGUUGAAAAUUAUCAGUUUCGGCAACAAGACAAACUUAUUGAUUGAGAUUGGAUUGUUAAAGCACGAGAUCGAGUUGUUGAAAAAGGGAAAAGACGGUUUUGUCUUGUGA